ACGAGGCCAAGAGACACCUGGGGAGGACCCAAUGAUGGCUGGAAAAUAUGCAACCUACUAUGUAAGAGGACUUCAGGGUUAUUCUUCUGAUGGAAAUAACUCUGAAGGGCUUAAGGUUUCAGCUUGUUGCAAGCACUUCACGGCUUAUGAUAUGGACAACUGGAAGGGAAAAACUAGAUACACGUUUAAUGCUGUGGUAUCGAUACAGGAUUUGGAGGAUAGUUUUCAGCCUCCUUUCAGGAGUUGUAUUGAAGAGGCUCGAGCUAGUGGAAUUAUGUGCUCUUACAAUCAAGUUAAUGGAGUACCAAUGUGCUGAUUACAACUUUCUAACAAAAACUGCAAGGGAUUCUUGGGGUUUUGAUGGGUACAUCACUUCAGACUGUGAUGCGGUUUCAAUCAUCCAUGAUGCUCAAGGAUAUGCAAGCACACCAGAAGAUGCUGUUGCAGAUGUUCUCAAAGCCGGAAUGGAUGUGAAUUGUGGUAAAUAUGUUCAGAAGUAUGCAGCCUCAGCUGUCCAACAAGGAAAGCUUUCAGAGUCUGACAUAAACCGAGCACUUCACAACCUCUUCUCAAUAAGAAUGAGGCUCGGUCUCUUCAAUGGAGACCCAAGAAACCAUCUUUAUGGAAAAUUCUCUUCCACUGAUGUCUGCACAGAGGAGAACAAGUUCUUGGCUCUUGAAGCAGCAAGAGAAGGCAUAGUCCUACUAAAGAACUCAGGCCAUCUCCUACCUCUGAAAAAAUUAAAGACAACUUCCCUCGGUGUUAUUGGCCCUAAUGCAAACAUUGUCAUGUUAGGGAAUUAUGCAGGGCCUCCUUGUAGUUCCAUAACUCCUCUUGAGGCACUCCAGAGCUAUGUUACAGAUACAAAAUUUCUGCAGGGGUGUGAGGAUGUGGCUUGUGUUGAUGUCUCAAUUGAUGAAGUUGUACAAUUGGCAAAGUCAGUAGACCAAGUUGUUAUGCUCAUGGGGUUGGAUUUAACUGAAGAGAAGGAAAAGCUUGAUAGAGUGGAUUUGGUGCUGCCAGGUAAACAGCAAAUGCUAAUAACAACCGUGGCGAGAGAAGCAAAGAAGCCAGUGAUAUUGGUGCUACUUUGUGGUGGUCCUGUGGAUGUUAGUUUUGCAAAGGAUGAUGAGAAUAUAGGAGGGAUGUUGUGGGCUGGUUAUCCCGGUGAAGCUGGUGGACUGGCAAUUGCUGAUGUUAUCUUUGGUGAACAUAAUCCAGGGGGAAGACUACCGGUUACAUGGUACCCACAAGACUUCACAAAUGUGGCGAUGACCGACAUGAGGAUGAGAGCAGACCCUGCCAAUAAAUAUCCAGGACGAACCUACCGGUUUUUUACAGGCAAACCGGUUUUCGAAUUUGGCUAUGGCCUGAGCUACUCCACAUUUUCUUAUGAGUUCACCUCUACAACUCAGAGAAUCCUCCGCAUGAACGAAACAAUCAGACUCCAAGCUGUCAAGGAUUCACAAAAAAACAUUAGCUAUGAUAUAUCAAAAUUGGGAUCUGAACAGUGUCAGAAACUGAAAUUUUCUGCUGCAGUGAGAGUUAAUAAUCACGGUCCAAUGGAUGCAAAGCAUUCAGUGUUGCUGUUCUUGAGAAGGGAUUAUGUACGUGGUGGAGCGCCGAGGAAACAAUUGAUUGGGUUCGAGAAUGUGCACUUAAAGGCUAGAGACAAAUCAGAUGUCGAGUUUGAUAUAAACCCAUGCAAGCAUUUGAGCAGGAUUGAGGAAGAUGGAAGGAUGUUGGUUGAUGAGGGGCCUCAUUUCUUGAUGGUGGGAGAUAAGGAGCAUGAAUUUAGCAUAACGGGUUAAGCUUGGUCGUAGGAGAGCUCAAAAGGAUGUUUCCUGAAUAAUGCACUCAAAAGAAUUUAACUCUUUUUGAACAGGCAGAUAAUUUGCUAGA